UCCUCAUCAUGUGUAUGUGCUGCAGAUGGUGAUAUACAUGGACAGCGAUUACUCUGGAUCGAUGUUCAAAGGACUUCCCAAUAAUGUAAACGUCUUUGCGUUGGCUUCAUGUCACAAAUAUAUCGAAAACACUCCCACUGAUUACGAUCAACAGAGGAAAGUCUACCUCUCUGAUUUAUUCUCAAGUACUUGGUUGAGGCACCUUAACGACGUUGACUUUACUAAAGACACAUUCCAUGAACUGAUAAAGAGUAAACAACCUAAAUAUCUUGAAGAAAAUCCUGAUGGACCCUGCCCCUGCACGUUUGGGGACAAGGAGAAAGCUCUACAUCAGUUCUAUGUGGAGAUAACGGCGAGUUCUCUGGGCCUGAGCUCAUCUCACAUGGUCUAG